UAUUAUUUAAGCAAAUUUUCUCUUGAAAGCUUCGGAUCUAUUACUUCUAUCUGGAAGUGCUUGGUAGAGUGCUGAAGAAAGGCAUUUGCUUCUCAUACUUUGAAUUGUCUUCACCUUGCUUUGUUACGCACUUAAAAAGUGUUAGUUGGUGGAAAAGUUAAAAAACAGUUGGUUGUCACACUUUGGACUAUCUUCACCUUGCUUGAAGUUUCUUCAACUUGAGCUUGUCAAGAAUGGCUUGUGGGUUUUGUGAGUCUGCUCUUUCUAACUGCGUGGGAACAUUGCUCGUAGAUUGGGUGGCGAAGCCAAUAGGAGAUCAAUUUAAUCACACUCGCCGUUUUCAUGACAAUGUUGAAAAGCUCAAAGAAAGAAAAGAAGAACUAAUAAUGGCACGGGUCCGGCUGCAACAUGAGAUUGAGGAUGCUGAAAGGCGACUUCAAGGAAUUGAAGAUGAUGUCAGAGACUUGCUAUCAAAGGCGGACAAAAUCCUAUUAGAUAUGGAAACUCUAGAAAAUGAAUUGCAGCAAAACAAGAGAUGUUUCAAUUGGUGUCCUAUUUGGAGUUGGCGGUAUAGAUUAAGCAAGAAAGCAAUAAAGAACACUCUUGUUACUUUUGAGCUUCUAGAAAAGAUUACCAAAUUUGGUCAACCUGGACGAGUGGGCUACUCUUCUCCUAGUACAAUUCCAACCAUAGAAUUCCUUUCAUCUAAGGAUUUUAUGGUUUCUAAGUCUUCCAAUAUUGCUUUCAAUCAGAUCAUUGAGGCCCUACAGGAUGACAAUGUUAGCAUGAUUGGAUUGUGGGGGAUGGGAGGGGUGGGCAAGACAACCCUAGUGCGUGAAGUUGGAACUCAUGCCCAAAAAUUAAAUCUGUUUGACAAAGUUGUGAUUACUACUGUAUCUCAAAAGACAAACUUUGAAACAAUUCGAGAUGAAAUUGCAAAAUACUUAGAUUUCGAUAUGAAGAAUGAACGAGGAAGAAGAUCAGUGCAAGAAUUAUGGUUGAAAUUGCAGAAGGAGGAAAAGAUUCUAAUAAUCCUUGAUGAUGUUUGGGCAAAUAUUGACUUAAAGGAGGCGAUGGGAAUUCCAAUUGGUGAGGUUCACAAAGGCUGCAAAAUUCUUUUAACAACACGCCGUCAAAAAGUGUGUGUUGCCAUGGAAUGUCAAAGGAGAAUACAACUUGGUUUUUUAGAUGACCAUGAGGCUUGGAUUUUAUUUGCCACCAAAGCAGGUCUGAACGACUCUUCUGAUGAUGCUAUUAAAAAUGUGGCAACUAAAAUUAUCAAAAAAUGUAAAGGUUUGCCCAUCGCUAUAGUUACAUUGGCGACUGCUCUGAAAGGUAAAAAUCAUCGUAGGUGGAAAGCAGCAUAUCGGAGACUCAAAAACCAUAGAUUGGGUGACAUCGAAGACAUUGAUCAACAAAAUGCUUACCUAUGUCUUGAGGUAAGUUUUGAUUAUCUGAAGGAUACGGAGACCAAGAUGUGUUUCUUGUUGUGUUCCUUAUUUCCUGAAGAUUAAGAGAUUUAUGUAGAAGACUUGGUGAGAUAUGCAUGGGGACUAGAGUUGUAUAAAGGUGUGGAAUCAAUUGAAGAAGUGAGGAGCGAAGUGCUUGCAGCGAUUGACAUCCUUAAGGAAUCUUGUUUGUUGUUAAAUUGUGAAGAAAGGCAUGUUAAAAUGCAUGACCUGGUUCGUGAUGUUGCUUUGUGGAUAGGAUCAUACAGAAAGGAGAUUUCUUUUGUGAUAAAAUCUCAGGUUGUUGAAAUGAGGCCAGAAGAAGAAAGUUUUGAGCCUUAUGUAGCAAUCUCCUUCAGCACUAGUCGGAUGGUUGAACUUCCUAAAGGAUUGGUAUGCCCAAAUCUCCAAUUCCUUUUACUUGGUGGAAGGGGUAGCAUCAUAACUUCAAGUGAAUUAUUUGAAGGAAUGAAAGCAAUGAAAGUUUGCGUUUUGCAAUAUUGUAGUUUAAUAUCUCCAGAUGCAUUUCAGUUUCAACCGAACCUUCGAACUCUACAUUUGGAAGGUUGUGAACUUUUGGACAUCUCAGUCCUAGGGAAGUUGAAAAAACUUGAGGUUCUUUCAUUUAGUUGCUCUGAUAUCAAAGAAUUGCCAGAAGAAAUAGGUGAUUUGGAUAAUCUUAAAUUGUUGGAUUUAUCAUAUUGCGAACAACUACAGAGAAUCCCUCCUCGGUUGAUACAAAGAUUGUCCCAAUUAGAAGAACUAUAUUUGCAUGGAUGUGGAAGAAUAGAAUGGGCCACUGAGAACACAGUUCAAGAAGAAAGCUAUGCCAGCCUAUCAGAGUUGAAUUCCUUGUCAAACUUGAUCGUAUUAUAUUUAGAGGUUUCUUCUGAACAUGUUCCAAGAGACUUUGUGUUCUGUAAAUUACAAAGGUUUUAUGUAUGCAUUGGCUUUGGCUUUUCUAAUUUUUAUCGAAGGAAGAUGGACUUUGAAAUCUGCCCAUUCUCGAGAUCUUUAAAGAUUCAGGGGUCUGUAAUAGAGGUAUGCAAGCAGUUAUUUGGGGAUACAGAAUAUCUUAAUUUGAAGAGUAUGGUGGGUUGCCAAAAUCUUGUUCCAAGCUUGGAGUCGGGCCAAGUGGUAUUCAGUAAACUGACUUCUCUGGAUCUUGAAAGUUGCGAGCAUAUGAAAUGUCUCAUUGAUACAACAAAGCAGCAGGUGCUAACCAAUGCAUUCUCUAAUUUGUUAGAAUUAUCUUUAACAAAUAUGCGUGGUUUGGAAGAGCUGUGCAGUGGUCAUCAACCGCAAGGGUUUUUGCUCAAAUUAAAAACUUUGAUGAUAGAUAAAUGCAGGGACAUGACAUGUGCAGUUCCAAUUCUACAAAGUCUUGAAAGGUUGGAAGUUAAAUCUUGUGAUGAGAUGCAAGUGCUAUUUCAGAUCGCUGAAUUGAGGAGCAUACAAGAAGAACCCAGUCAUCAUGUAGGCUUACAAAGUUUGAAGGUUGUAACAAUACACAACUGCAAUAAAUUGA